CCCGUCAACGAGGAAGGGGCAAACGCGGGUCUGAGCCCGCAAGCCGCUAUUCGCCGCAGUGAUCGAAAUGCGUCUGACAAGUGCCGUGCUUGCUGGGGCGCUCCUUUUAGGCGUCUCUGCCGAGGAUACAGAGGUGCUCCGGACGUCGACGGGACCGAUCCAGGGAAAAGUUCUUGAGUUCGAGGGCAAGAAAGUCGAGGCGUACCUCGGCAUUCCCUACGCGAAGCCGCCGCUCGGAGACUUGCGGUUCAGGAAAACCGUCCCGGUGGAAGCAUGGGCCGAGCUCAAGGCGACGAAAGAUUUCUCGAAACCGUGCGUGCAAGCAACGUACAUCCACGGCCAGAACGUAUCCGUGGACUACUCCGACUCCAGUGAGGAUUGCUUGACGAUUAACGUCUGGAAGCCGGCCGGCGGCUCCGCUAAGAAAGCGGUCAUUGUGUACAUCUACGGGGGUGCUUUCCAAUUCGGUGACUCGAGUUUGUUCUACAACGACGGACUUCCUUUCUCGGCGUUGAACGAUGUUCUGUUUGUGUCUUUCAACUAUCGCGUUGGAGUUUUCGGUUUUCUCAGUACCCAUCACAGCGACGCGCCCGGCAACGAAGGAUUCUACGACCAGCUGAUGGCGCUCAAGUGGAUCAAGCAGAACGUUGAAGUUUUCGGAGGAGACCCCGAAGCCAUUACGCUCUUCGGACAGAGCUCCGGAGCUUUUUCCGUCGGACUCCACAUGUACUCGCCGCUCUCGAAGGGCCUCUUCAAGCGGGUCGUCUUCGAGUCGGGAACGGCCUUGUCGCUGAUAACGUUCCAGAUGAAAAAUGAAAUCUCCCGCUUCCACACCUUGAUUGGACUCACCAACUGCUCCUAUGGAAUAUACUCGGAGAGCAAGUACAACGAGACCAUGGAGUGCAUUCGAAAAGCCGAGGCCAAAUCCAUCAUCGAGGGCGUUUCACAUCUCGGACAUCUGGCCGACAUGUUCCUGCCUAUCUAUAACGAUGACUUCAUUCCGGUUCAUCCCCUGAUGCCUGAAGAAGUCAAGGCUCUUAACGGAGACGAGGUCUUCAUGGGAACUGUCACCGACGAAGGCACCAUGUUCAUCAACUACCCGCUCCAGAACCUGCUUGCUCAGGGCGAUAUUGCCAAAACUCAGUACAAGAUAGUGCCGUCGUCGAUCUAUCCGAGAUUGUUCGACGCGCCCUGGGGGGCGAUCUAUCACAACUUUGACCAGUACUUCGAAAAUUCGAUCGACAGCUAUCCAGAAGAGACGACGUAUAAUUUGAUCGGACAAACGUACGGCGACGCUGUGUUCACGUGCCCGACGAACCUCUUCGGACAGUUCUUGGCGAAACGAAAGCGCUCGGUGUACCGUUAUCAAUACACUCAUAAAUCGUCGCUGAAACUCUGGCCCGACUGGAUGGGAGUUGUGCACACCACGGAUCUUCCGUUCAUGAUCGGAUCUAUGUUGACGCAUGAAGCCAAUCUCGCCGAGCCCCGUUACAACAAUACCCCCGAGUGGUUCAGGAAGCACAAGUUCACGGACGAGGAAAUUAAAUUCUCCAAGCAAUUGGUCAAAACGCUCGGAGAUUUCGUGAAAACCGGAAAGCCCUCGGUUCCUGAAUCCACCGCGGAUUGGCCGGUCUACACAGAGAAGAGCCAGGAAUACGUGAACUUGGCUCCGAAUAAUUUCACUCGCUCAUCCGACGGCCCUAAGAAAGACAAGUGCGAAUUAUGGCGCCCCUACCUUAUCAGAAAGAAAGAAUCGCUGACAUCGACCACUUCGACAACGAAGAAGCCAUCCGUCGGCUUCGGACCUAUCAAAAAGGCUCCCCCGAAACCAACGAAAAAAUCCAAGGGCACUUCCAAAACGAAUUAUCGGAAACGUGUCGAAAACCGCUACAAGAACGGAGCUCUUCCCAUUCAGAGCAAUUCGGUUUUGUAUAUUUUGGUCAGCGUUUUCCUCCUAAUCAAAGCGGGUCUUUGUUGAGGUAAGGCGUCAGAGUGAUGAGAAGGCCCGUUGGAUACCAGUUCGACACUAUGGUCGCUCCACGAGAUAAUUGUUAGGAUUUCUUAGGCAGCGUUUACUCAUGAACAGAAUGCUCUACGGAAGCGGCUUGGGCUUCUCUGAUUGUGAAUGAUGAAUGUAAAUACAAACCUGUGAGCUCCGGAAACAACACUAAGUUAAACGAAGCGGUAGGUGCGUCCGCUGCAUGAUUGCCCCAGGGGCGGAACACUCGGGGCGGUGCUCUGCUCGCGUGCACUAGGGAGAGAAUAAACUUGAGAAUAAGGAGAAGUCAAGCAUAGAUAAGUAUUGAUAGU